AUGGAGGGCGCUUGGGAGGAUGACGCCAAUAACUUGGACUCGUUCCUAGAGGAGGAGGUGGGCCCCGGUGACUUCGAGGGCAAAGACGAUGAUGACGAGUUUGGGGACAUCGACUGGUGCGACGUCGAACAUGCCGACCUGAAGGACGAUGUGGUCGAGGAAGAAGCUGGGAAGAAGGGCUCGACGGGUGAAGCUAUAGCUGAAGACGUCAAGGCGGCCAAGCAGAAGCGAGGAAACCGCGGCCCAGAGGCGAAAGCCUUGCGCCAGCAAGCGGUGCAGCAGUUCACGACUUUGGCGCUGUGCUUCAUCGCUCGCCUGGCCUGGCUUAAUGAGCAGUGCAACUCCCCGCUGCUGCAGGCGGCCCUGCUCUCGCGCCUCUCCGAGGCUGAGCUGGACCUGCCAAAGCGCCUCAAGGAGCUUAAGGAGCUCAAGGCUUCAACCCAAGCGCUCCAAGUGCCGGAAACGAGCCUCACGGCCUUGCUGGCUGCCCUCCAAGGCGGCCCGGCGAGCAGCGAGGUCUUGGCCAUGCUGCUGGUGGCCUCCUGCCGCGCGAGCGGCGCCUGGGCGCGGCUGGCGCUGGCGCUGCCGCUGCCCGGCGCCAAGGACUGCGGAUCCUUGCUCAAAGGCGCCGCGCUGCCGGCGAGCGCGCUGUGGGCGGAGGUCUUCCAAGGCAAAUGGCGCGGCGUGACGCCACCAGACGGAGCCCAAGGUCGGGUCUGGGUGCUGGCCAUGGGCGAGGCCGGGGACUGCUGGGACGUGAGUUGUCGCUACAACCGCUGGAGCGCCAUUCUGGAGGCGCGCGGCUCGCUGCACCGUCUUUGGACCCAACUUCUGCCAGCUGGGAAGGAGGCGGCGCAAUUGGGCGACUACGCGGCGGCCAACGAGGCGGACGUGGCGAGGCUGCGGAGCUUGCGGCGCCAGGAGCCUCUGCCCAAGUCCAAGGCCCAGUUCCGACACCACCAGGUCUUCAUCUUGCAGUCCCUGCUCCGCCAGGAUGAGAUGGUGAACAGUGGCGCUAAGUCUGUGGGGCUGUUCCAGGGCAAGGAGCCUAUUUGGCUACGUGAGGACGUGUCCAGGCUGCGUUCCGCGGUGCAGUGGCGUCGAGAGGGGCGGGCGGUGCGGGACGCGGAGCGCCCGGUGAAGAGCCUGCGGCAGAGCUCGGUCUUCUCUUCGAAGCUUUUCGGGCGGUGGCAGACCGAUGCCCUGCCUGAAGCUCCCAAGGCGGCACCUGUCGUGGGCGGCCCCAUCCCGGGCAUCAACAACUAUGGGAACAUCGAGGUGAAGCAGGGCCUUGCUGCGGGCCUGGUGCACCUGGAGGACGAGGCGGCGCGCUCCGCGGCCGCGAAGCUGGGGAUGGACUUCGCCCCCGCGGUGGUGGGCUUCCGCAAGGAGCGGGGGCUGCUGAAGCCGCAGGUGGCGGGCUGCGUGGUCUGGGAGCGCGACGCCGCGGAGCUUCGUGAGGCGGCGGAGGAGGAGCGCGAGCGCCUGGAGGAGAUUCAGCGGCAGCAGCGCCUGGAGAGGCUCCGCAAGGCCUGGCAACUUCUGGUGAAGAAGGUCUUGGUGGACGUCUACGUAGACACCCGCUACGGGAACCCAAGCGCUUGA